AUGGCGACUGCGACGUCAGUGAAAGAGGCGAUUGCACGCUUUGAGGAGGCGGAAUACCACCGCCGUGUGGCUGAACUCCCAGAGGAUGAAAAGGCAAACGCCCCACGAGUAGUGGCCGCAGAGGAGCCACGUGUGUUAUUGAUUGGAAUGUUGCCGCCCAUUGUGAAGAUGGAUAAGGACAUAGCCACACUGGUGAACUGCGAACACCUCGGACUCUCUACAAACGCUAUUGAGAAAAUUGGUCCAGGACUGAAGGAGUUAAAGAAGUUAAAGGUACUCUCACUCGGUCGAAAUGUCAUUCGCAAGAUUGAGCAGUUGGAUAUCCCACAGUUGGAACAGUUAUGGCUCUCAUAUAAUAAAAUUGAUAAACUCACUGGUCUGGAUAAGCUAAAAAAUCUUAAGGUACUCUAUAUGAGUAAUAAUCUCAUCAGCAGUUGGACAGAGAUUGAUCGCUUAUCUAAUCAGUGUCCAGAGCUUGUAGAGGUACUCUUUCUUAACAAUCCUAUUUGCAAUAAUGCCCCAUCUAUGCAGGAGUAUAGAUAUAUGGUGCUGCAGCGACUGCCAAAGCUGACAAAGUUGGAUGGAGUGCCAGUGGAUCCAGAGGAGAAGGAAGAGGCGGAACGUCGACGUUAA